CGCACAGCAGCAAGCUGCGCGCACGAUGCAGUGCUAUAAAAGAAGCUGUGGUUUGCUGCAUGUUCUACUGAAAACUGUUGGUCUCAGGGCUCUAGUUCUAUUACCUUUAGAAUGCUAAACUUUUGCUCGGCGGAGUUCCGCAGCUAGAGGGCGGUAGAUCUUCUACAGGGACUAGAACGCCAAGUCAUGAUCUUUUCCAUUAUUGCUGCUCCACUACUGCUGUUAGCUGCAGCCCAGGCACCACUCACUGGGGCAACAGAGUGCGAGAGCUACAUGUACACACUGCAGCCACCCGAAGGCAUUGUCUGCAGUCCCUACAUCCGUGGAAUCCUCAACUUGACGUGUGCCGUGUCGGGAGACAGGGUUGAGGACAUCCACUGGUACUUCAGGCCGCCAGGCGGCACCAGCAGCCAGUCUGUUGUCCUCAGCAACAGCUCUCAGGUCACCAUCGCUCGUUCCGAGUUUGAGGGCGAUUACACAGUGGUAAUGGUAGUGGUAGAUCUUAGUGCGGAGAACGAGGGGUUCUACUGGUGCCAGGGACUAGUGAGA